AUGAGUUCGAGCAACCCAGAUAUUGCAGGAAUGCAGAGUGCAGAUGAAGAAGUUAAAAACAUUAUGUCCUCCAAGGUUUCUAGUCGUACCUGCAAUCGCAUGUCUUAUUUUGUUGAAUCCAGCAAUGACUUGCAGUCUGCUGUUUCCAUCACAAGGCCAUCCAGCAAAAAGCACUUUCAUGAGGAACUGGCUCUGCAGAUGGUAGUUAGCACCAACAUGGUGAGGGAAAAUGUCUUCAAGUACGCAUGGUUCUUCUUUGAGCUCCUGGUGAAGAGCAUGGCUCAAUACAUCCACAAUGUGGACAAACAGGAGGUACCCAGAAGAAGCCGUUUCUCAAAUCGUUUCAAAGAUGACAUAAGCACUAUAGUGAAUGUAGUCACUUCAGAAAUAGGAGCUCUUCUGAAUAAACAACAGAAGGAAGUUGAACAAGCAGAGAAAAUGAACAUAAGUCUGGCAUUUUUCUUGUAUGAUUUACUUUCCUUGAUGGAUCGAGGUUUUGUUUUUAAUCUCAUCAAGCAUUACUGCAAUCAGUUGACAGCCAAGCUGAAUUCUUUCCCAACUCUGAGUUCUAUGCGUCUUGAAUUCCUACGAAUUCUCUGCAGUCAUGAGCAUUAUCUCAACCUGAACCUUUUCUUUGUCACAUCAUCA